AUGCAUUUACGACCAAUCCUCACACAAUUAUCAGAAAAAGUUACAAAAAUCUUCACGGAGAGCGCAACGUUGACAUGUUACACAGAAUAUACCGAAAAGGAGCCAGAAGAAAAUCUCCUUUUAGCCCAAAAUACUGCAUCUAAACUUCGAGAAGCGAUUGAGACCGGAGAAAGCCUUCGGGCAUCACUCGACAAAUACUACAAUCAGUACGUCGAGCUCAUGAACUCUUUGGGUCCAGAAGAAUAUGGACAAGAAGAAGUCCACUACCAAAGUUUACUCAACACACAUUACAUCCCUACUACCCUCGUCAACACACAAGAAGAGUUAAGCCGUCUAAAGAGCGAAUACGACCUCAACAUAGGCCUAAUUGAGAUGCUAAAGAGAAAAAUGAGUGUAAACGUCGCGAUAGAGUCAUCGAACGUCUCAAGAUCACACAGCCCAGCGUCAUUUACAAACCAGACGAGACGGCCGCAACCUCUUAAAUUAGGACCCGUCGAAAAGAUCACCUUUUCCGGCAACGUUCUCGACUAUCCCGCCUUCCGAGAAGCAAUGAAAGUCAUCGAUGCGUCGGAUAACAGUACAUAUGCCAAGUUCCUCUACUUAAAACAGAGUACCAAAGGCAUAGCCUUCGAUGCCAUCAAAUCACUUACUCUCACAGAAUCAAACUACCAACUAGCCAAGGAUCUACUGGAGAAGCACUUCGGUUCAGACGACCUGCUAGUUGAUAGCCUUUUGAAAUCACUUCAAAAUUUACCAGCACCGACCAGAACAGCAGGGAGUUUGCAGAGAUACUACUUUGAGUUAGAAAGCAUACUGCAACAACUUCAAAACCAAGAAGUUCAUACAGACGAUGGCAUCCUGCGCAACAUGAUCACCCAAAAACUUCCUGAUCAAAUUUUAGAACGAAUAAUCCGCCGAAGACACAAAAUCAAAGAGGAGAACAAAGUCUGGAACACAGACGCCUUAAUGAAAGAAUUAAAAAGGAUCAUCGAAGAGAUGUUAGACCUAGAGCGACUACAAGGCAAAAGCAAACAAGUACCAUCGAAGGUUAUGGUGGCGAUAAACCCCUCAAAAUCAAAAGAACAAGGUGAAAAAAUCGCCCGGCCAUGUGUAUUUUGUCAACAUCUCGAUCACUACAGUAAAGACUGCCCAAUGGCAGAUACAGUAGCGAAACGAAAAGACUCCCUGAGAAAAUCCAGACGUUGUUUUAAAUGCUUACAAAAGUGGGAGUCCGGGCACAAAUGUUCCAAAACCUGUUAUUACUGCAAAAAAGAACACAAUACCUUACUUUGUUCACAACCUAAACCCAGGGCUGUAUUUGUAACCAUGGAUGAAGACGCACAAUCCGAAGUCGAAGAUGAUUACCCAUUUUACGACAGCGACCCAGAGACCGACGCAGAUCCCAACGAAACAGAAGAACACGGAGAACCGACUUGGGACGACUCAAUGGUUUGUGUCCUUCGAAGCUCUGGAGAAAAGGCCUUGCUAUCAACCGUAGAGCUAGUAUUGAGAAACCCAGACAACGGCCGACAGUUCCGAACACUAGCCAUCCUCGACAGUGCUUCUGAAACAACGUACAUUACAGAGACCGCCGCCGCAUCUUUGAACCUUAAGAAAAACGCGGAAACAGAACACAAAUCUCGGACCGAAACCUUCGGUGGAACACAACACGUCACCAGAUCGUCAAAAGUAUCCGCUGAGUUUUUACUGUUAAAUGGAGACUCUAUUCCUUUCGUUGCCAGAACCACCCCCUCCAUUGUGAACUUAGUCCGCACUGUCUCCGUUAAAGGAAAGCAAAAAUUAACCGACAAAAAAAGGCCCCAUUUAUUAAUUGGAGGCGACUUGAUCUGGGCUCUACUUCCAGUAAAAAGAGAAAAAACAAAUAAUCCAGAGGUCAUGAAAAUCGAGACGAAAGUCGGGCCGAUUCACCUAUUCUCCGAUGCCUUCCACUUGGGCAAUAGGCAAUUUGAAGACGACGAAAUCGCUCCGUUAGUUCUGCAGGACCUCACCCCUAAAGAGCUAGACAAACAAAUACAGAAACUUUGGACAUUAGAAGGAAUUGGAAUCACAGAACGUGCCGACUCCCGACAAGAAGAUAUCGAAGACGUGACAAAACGUUUUUGUACCCAAAUCGAAGAAAAAGAAGGCCAGCUCCAUGUCAACUGGUUGUGGAAAAAGGACAAACCUCAAGUUCCAGAAAACAAGAAAAUCGCAUUUAGCCGUUUAUUACAAAUGCAGAAACGCGUGUUAGCAGAUGAAAGUCUUCAAAAACUCUUACGGGACUUCAUCAACGAACAGCAACACAGAGGAUUCAUUGAAGAAGUAGACAUGAGGUGCCCCCCAGACGGCCCAGUCUCCUACCUCCCCUUCCAACUAGUCUACACUCCGGGAAAAACCACACCCGUGCGAUGUGUUUUUGACGCAUCAAGUCAUACGAAAAAUCAACCUUCACUCAACGAUUGUUUUGAGAAAGGACCUCUCCUACUUCCCGAUCUUACAAGUUUAUUGAUCAACUUUCGAUUCGCGGAAUUCGCGUGUGUCAGCGACUUGGAAAAAGCUUUUAACAGUCUAGCACUCAAACCGGAUCAACGUGAUGUCACACGUUUUAUCAUUCCUACAGAUUGGACAAGCAUCAAAGAUUCUACCGUCAAAGUGUUUCGGUUUAAAGUAGUUAACUUUGGAACCAUCUGCGCACCUACCAUGCUGGCAUUAAGCCUUCGAUGGUUUCUAGAACAUCACAGACUCAAAUCAGACCCGGACAUAUUAAAGCGAACCUAUGUCGAUAACAUUCUAUCUCAAGCCGCCACUGAAGAGGAAUUAGUCGCGAAAGCCAAAGAAGCGAAACAACUCCUCAGCACGGUCAGAUUUCACCUCCGCGAAUUUUACUCAAAUUCGGCUGAAUUGAUGAAGGAGCUAAACCCCACAGAAACUAGAGACUCAACAAAGUUUCUGGGAAAAAACUGGAACUUUCAACAAGACUUAAUCUUGAUGACGACGCCAACACUUCAACCCAUAUCUACAAAACGAAGUCUUUUACAGUUCAGAGGGAAACACUUUGAUCCAGAAGGACUAACAUGCCCCUUGACUCUUCCUUUAAACCUCAUCUUACAAGCCACAUGGUCUAUUCCGAACUUAACAUGGGAUGACCCAUUACCACCCCACAUCAUGGAAGAGCUAAACAACGUCGUCCCCUUCUGGGAAACUCCCACAACGUUUCGAAUUCCACGCAAAAUAAUUAACUGGAAUCAACCAUAUUAUCUUCACGCGUUCACCGAUGGCUCGAAAGUUGGUAUUGGCAUCUUGAUUUACUUAGCCGCUCUAGCAGAAGACCGCACGUUCGAAUUACCUCAAUUGAUCAUGGGCAAAUCUCGAGUAGCACCGAAAAAAGCAAAUUUGGAUUCCGAACUAACCAUUCCAACCACGGAAAUUGUGUCCAUUUCCAGCGGUGUCCUCCUGCUACAAUUUGUCGAACAACACCUUCCCUUCCCUCCAGAAAAGAUCAUCCUUUGGAACGAUAGUCGUUCUUCUUUGGAAUCACUUAUCAGAAACAUGGAUCACAAAUCAGUUUUCGUAAAAAAUCGAUUACGUUUGAUCCGCGAUAAAGGACGAAAUUACGAAAUUCGGCAUGUACCGGGUAAAGAAAACAGCGCAGACAUUCCGUCCCGAGGAAUAGUCAACCCCGCCGACUUAGUAGAAAAUAAAUUCUACUGGCACGGACCCAAAUUCUUGCAAAACCCAGAAGAUUGGCCUUCCGAACUCGUUAUACCAGCUGGAUCUUUCGAGGAGGACCAAACAACAGUGGCCGUCGUCACCCCACCAGAACCUCUGAUUGACCCCGAACGGUUCGGUUCUUGGAGUAAACUUCAUUUAACCGCCAGAAUAGUCAUCAAUUUUACACGGAAACUGCAGAAAAAGCCUGCCGCAAACAAUGCUGAGGUGGAUCGUCUACUCUUCCUCCUGGAUCAACAACGGAACCCUCCCUCGGAGAAAGAGAUCACCGACUUCAGGCUCUUCCAAGACCAACAUAACCUCUGGCGUUGCGACAUCCGCCUACAGGAAAGCGACCUACCUCCAGCCGCAAAAACCCCUAUAUGGCUACCGAAUUCGCAUCAGACACGUCUAAUCAUCAGACACUACCAUAAUCAAAAGCUUCAUGCCGGAGUUGAUCUUACCUUAUGCCAACUACGGACCAAAUAUUGGGUAAAAAGAAGCUUUGUGAGGAAAACCAUCAAAACUUGUAGUUUUUGUAAGCGUCAAAAGUCAAAACCCUUCGAAUUUCCCCCUUUCGCACCACUCCCCCAAACACGGUGUACACAAGGGAUCCCGUUCGAUGCCGUCGGAGUUGACACCUGUGGACCCUUCAAGGUGAAAGACCACGAAGAUGUUCAUGUCCUGAUUUUUUCGUGUCUCAAAUAUCGAGUCCUCCAUACAGAAGUUAUAGCCAGCUUGCAAACCACUGAUAUUAUCCACGGUUUUACAAGAUUCAUUUCACGAAGAGGACCCCCUUCACAAAUCUUGAGUGACAAUCACCCCUCACUGUGCGCCGCCAAAGACUUCCUUCAGAAAACCCACCAGACUAAUCAAAAUUUUUGUUGGAGUUUUAUCACACCAAGGUGUCCUUGGGAGGGCGCUUCGUACGAAAGGAUUAUCGCAGAGUUAAAAAGAGCAAUGAAAAACUCCGGAACAAAAUCCAAAUUGGACAUUGAAGAGUUCCGAACGUUGAUAUCCCGAUCGGAAGAAGUGGUAAAUUCCAGACCUCUCACCGCACAAUCUGACGACGUUAACGAUCUUCGAGCGAUAAAACCUUUCGACUUUAUCGGUGUCCGAUCAGACUACGAAGGAGACAGUGAAGGAGAUGAACCAGAAGAAGAAGAAAGAGACCCAACUUACGUAGAACGAGAAAAUCUACAAGAAACUCUACGAAAGAAGAAAAAUAGAAUAGAGGCAAGAUUAGAAAAGUUCAAGACGUUCUGGAUAAAACAUUAUCUUCAAUAUCUAGCCGAGAAGAAUUCGAAAAAACGGAACAAUGGGAUAAGAAGAACCCCAAUUGUAGGAGAAUUGACAUUAGUCGCGGACCCCACCUUACCAAGACAGCAAUGGAAAUUAGGAAGGAUCCAACACCUAAACGAAGGCCGUGACGGUAUCGUGAGAACUGCCGAUGUCUUAGUGGCGGAUAACUUGAAGAAUUAUCCAGCCGAAACCUCCAGAAAAAUCAUAAAAAGGAACAUCACUCAACUCUACAGCCUGGAAAUCACACCAAGCGAAGACACAGAUUGGCUGAAAGAGUUACUACCACAACCGGAUGUCGAAAUACCGGCACCUCGAAGAUCACCGAGAACAAAGAAAUUGAAUCUGGCCUCAGAACAAUUCAACCUCCUGUCAAUAAACACCGUGUUAAUGGUGUUGUCAAUUGUUUUCAUGCUAAUCUACCCAAGCGAGGGCUACAAUUUCUGCCCCAUGGAUACAAGGCCAGUUUACUGGCGACCGACACCAAUGCGCGCAUGUUCGGUUCCUUAUAUGGAAAAUCUUACCCCAACAACCGUGGUGGUGUAUCAAGCGAAUCACGUAGAAUACAAGACAAAGGCAUAUAUUUGCUCAGCUGAACUCCACAAAAUAACUUCGUGGACUGACAUCUAUGGGUUUGAAAGAAGUGAAGAAGAGAUAAUUGAGAAAUCGGAAUUAAGUGCCGAAGAAUGCUGGAGAAUGAAGGAAACCCGAAAAUGUAUAUACGGUUCACUAUCUAUGCAUGGAGAAGAUCUGAAGACCAACACAAGACCAGAGCUCUCUGAUAUCCCAAAUAGGUUUAUGAGUCUCCUCAACAGGAGAGACGAAGAAUUUGGAGUUUGUAAAGUACUGUCGACACUAGUUCUCGCUCAUUUCGGAUCGACAGAAGCAGUAUGCCCAAGAAUAGACCUAACCAACUGUAAAUAUGAAGACAACCAAUGCCGAACCAAAGACGAUCGGAUGGUGGUAUGGAUUCACAACACAACACAAAACUGUCCAUACAUAAAAGCAUCAACUGUUAAGGGAGUUAAAAACAACCAGACGUUCAUAUCUGAAGAAGAGGAACUGAUGCUGACCUUUUCAAAUAAGAGAACAGUGUCGUGCCAAGAUAAGCUCUGGAUAUCGGAUCAAGGAGUCCCGUUCCAAUUUGAGAAGAAUACGUCACCCAAGAAAAGAGAUUUGACAACAGCAGAAAAACAGUUCGCGAGUCACGUCAACCUAGUAGAUCUCCAGAACACAACAAGGAUCCUAUGUGACGAAAUCAACCAACAAGGCCAGAUAUUGAAUCAAUUAAUAGCGAGCAAACCAGCCGAAUUCGCCCAAAGACUUCUCAACCGAACAGACGUAAAAGUACAAUCAGUAGGGCACGGCAUCGUGAGUAUUACCUUUUGCACCACAGUGCCGGAUGAAAAAGUACACUUCCAACAAGAAGAGACCAGAGAAUUUAGAAUAAAAGUCAACGUAGAUGGAAAAGGGAUAAUGUUCUUGGACCCAGUUACGGAGGAAUUACAUUUGAAUCCGUCAGGCCUUUUCACAGAUACGGAACGAGUUGUCCGACAUAACGGCAAAUACUUCAGAUCAACACAAGGAUAUCUCCAACCGAUUAACGUUGUAACAGACGAACGAGAAGAAGUGCAAGUUCUCACCAAAGAAUUCGUCUUCAAGAAGGGCCAUUCCCUCACCACCCCGUGGCUGGACGAAAUGUUGGUAAAAGAAUACUUGAAAUCACACAACGACCUCAUCGAGUCCUUUUCUAAGCCAAUCGUCAGGAGAUCAUCAAAGACGUGGAGAGAAGAAAUCACAGAAAUCAUCGUCUCUCCAAUUCUGCCUUACUUACGGUUGUGGUGGUCAAUCUGUGCGGGACUAGUCUCGCUAUACACAGUUACGUCGAUCCUAAACAACUUCACCGCAGAAAAGAAGAUCCAACUCAAGAUGCCAAGGAGGAAUGCCAGGAAGAAAAAUCCUCUCCGACGAAAGAGGAAAAACAACCGGAGGUCAUCCCAAAGGCCCAAUGAAGAAACCCCGCUUGGAAUAGUCUUCCAAAGGGCAGAACUGCCGAGGAGAUCUGUCAAAAUAAGGCAACUUCUCGCGCGCGGAGUGUCGCGACCACCGCGAAAAGCCUAA